AUGACUGCGCCCACUCCAUUGUACACAGUCCCCAUCGACAGACGCCCUCCUGGCUAUGGGCCCCUCUUUUCCAAGAUCCUGUUCCCGGUCGUCUUCAACUUGGGCAUUCUGGGGCUCAAUUCGCUGCAGUUCCUGUGCCUGCUCUUCAAGCUUAUUCCUGGCGACACCGGGAAACGGCUCUAUCGCUCCUCCAUUGAUUGGACGAAAGAUGGCUUCGGUCGACUCUUGAUCGCGAUCACAACACUUUGCGCGCCGACUUCUUUCGUGAUAACGGCGGAUUCACCGUUGCAGUUGGAAAAGAUCGUUCAGCGAGAUGCAGACGGCCAGGUGACGCGGCUCAACCUUCCGGAUCAUCUCAUUGUGAUGGCCAACCACCAGGCAUACACAGACUGGAUGUUCCUGUGGAUACUUGCCUGCUAUUCUGGGACCGCAGAGGGCAUAACGAUCCUGCUGAAAGCCAGCCUGAAGCACGUUCCCUUUGUGGGAUGGGGUAUGGUUCAUCUUUUUGAAGCGCUCAUGGGCGGCGGACCGCCUGAAUCUCACUCAUUCCUUAAAACGGAUUGCACAGGCUACAUACGAGCGGGGCAAGCGGCAUCCGCUGACGACUUUGUGGGCGUACUGCACCCCAGGUUGACUGGACUAUUGUUCUGUCUCAGAACAUUGCUUCCCGCUGUGCCCGAUCUGCAACUUCUGGAUGUGACGAUCGGCUACCCAGGGGUGCCCUUUGGCAAAUAUCCGCAAGAGUGGUACAGCCUGACGUCGGUAUUUUUCCGUUCGGUACCACCUCCGACCGUCCGCAUACAUCUUCACCUGCACACGAAUCUUGGGAAAACGGGUGGGGACGUUCCUGCGCUGAACGAUCUGAGGGCAGGCGAAGCAGCGACGCCAGAAGAAACACGCGAAUUCGAGCUAUGGCUCCGUGGCAUUUGGGCCAAAAAGGAGGCCUUGCUCGAGCAGUGGUCUCACGAACCACCCGUGCCGGACGCGCCUCCCGCCUUUGAGAUUGUCCCAGUGCAGCAGUUGUGA